AUGGAAGCUGGCAGCAGCCGGGCCCGUGGGCGUGGUCGUGGUCGUGGACGUGGGCGCGCUUGGCACUAUGCAGCUGGCAAGCGCAACUCUGCGGACGAAAUCCUUGAAAAUACAGUUAUGGCGAUGGCUGACCUGAAACGCCAGAUCAGCGAGGAGGCGGCUGGUCUCGAAGCAGAUAAGCCCAAUGGACUUCUUAAGGAUGCAGAGCUCUGGUCCUGCCGCAUCAAUGCAGGGUUGUUUGGCGUUGAAUGGGAAAGAUCUAAAAGCGUAUUGGCAGACUCUAUGUUGGACAUCAAGGUCGUCUCACCACCUCCAGAGUAG